ACAGGUUCUGUUCGGGCUGUCUCUGUUGGGUCAGAACCGAACUUUUCCUUCAUGUUUGAUGUGAGGAAGAGGAGGAUGAAGAUGAGGCUCGGUUCGGUUCGGUGAAGUGAAGCUGCUCCUCAUGCGCUGCCUCCUCCGGACCGCCGGGGUUCUGCUCCGCCGCCGGUUCUGUUCGGGUUCGCUGCUGCUGUUCGGGCUGCUCUGCUACCAGAUCCUGAAGCUGGGCCGGAACCGGAGCGGUUCUGACGAGGUUCUGAAGGAUACGAAGAGGCUGACCUCUGCCCUGGAAGCUCUGCGGAACCAGAUCAGAGACUUCCUGCUUCAUCAGCUCGGACCACAGCGUUCCCAUCAUGCACUGGGGCAGAUAAAGACUGUGAUUGGGACGGUGCUGCAGGCAGCAUCCACCUCUGGUAAACAGGAAACAGCUGGCAGGUGUGUGUUGUGUUUCCAGCUGCUCACCUUCACCUUAAUGUUCAGAGCUUCCAUCACACCUGCUGUCAUCCAGGUGGACACAGAGCUGACCCUCAACUCUCUGAAGGACACGUUUGACAGACAGAUCACCAAAGACCUGAUCCUGGAGGACACACUGCACUUCCUGCUGAGACCACUGACCCACCUGUCCUCUGAGACCCACCUGUCCUCUGAGACACACCUGUCCUCUGAGACACACCUGUCCUCUGAGACCCACCUGCUCUUAGAAAAACUGAGGGAACAGAACCAAUGGGACCAACAAACGGACCAAUCAGCAGGCAGGUUCCUCAGGUACCUGUGUGGACCCCCAUCUCAGACAGAUCUACACAGACCCCUCCCUCACCCUGACUCCGCCCUUUAACCCCACCGUGAAGGAAUACCACGCUGAGGUGACUUUUGACACACUCACAGUUCGGAUCCGACCAGAACCCGUCAGCCCCGCCUGCACGGUUCACAUGGAAGAGUACCUGGGGCCCAGGAUGGUGACCCUGCCGCUCGGACUCGGUACCAGCCGGAUCAGCAUCCUGGUGACGGACGCCACCGCACCCACACCGGUUGUCAUGACGAUCUACACCGUUCACGUGUCCCGCGAGAGCCGACCCAGUCUGCCCAUGUUUGGAGAACACGUCAUGUGCAGCUUCCUGCAGGACUGUGGUCUUCUGGUCCAGCCUGGUCUCCCCUGUGGUCUUCAGCCGUACAUCCAGUCUCAGGGUCCAGUUCAGGCCUGCAACUCAGGACAUGUCCCAGGACGGUGGGUGGUCCCAUGUCUCAGCUGCUCAGACAAUAGGACAUGUGAUUGGAGGGCUGUUGCCUGGCAACCAGACAACUGUACCCACCCACUGGUGCCCCGCCCCCUUCUGCAGGACUGUCUGAGGGACAGGAAGGUGCUGUUCAUUGGGGACUCGACCAAUCGUGGGAUGAUGUUCUUCCUGAUGGAGCGGGUCAACUCCAGCCUGGAGGACUGGGGAAAAGCUCAUGACACCCUGGUGUACCAGAACCUGAAUGGGGGACGAACCCAGAUCAGCUACUCCUACUAUCCUCAGUUCUGGUUGGACAAAAACCAGAGACCCACGUUCAGGACAGCACUGUUGCAGCUGAUCCACAGGUCUCGCCCUCUGCAAAACUCUGUCCAGACGGUUCUGGUGGCGGGAGGAGUUCAGUGGCUCAACACCAAUCACCUGAGGACAGUCCAGGAGGUGUUGGACAGAGAGUCUCUGGAGAACAUCCUGGUGGUGGUGAAGUCCUUGGGGAUGGGGUUCCACCUUCCUGUGGACGGGAUCAGAUCUCUGAGUCUGAUGGAGGUCCAAAACCAGCUCAGAGUGAACCAGAACAUCCUGCUCACCGCAGAAGGUCUGGGGUUUGAGGUCCUGGACACCUUCAGCCUCACCAUGGGUCGRUACAAAGAGUUCCUGCAGGGCCGCUGUGCCUGCCACUUCCAUGAGGUGGAGAAGGUCCAGUCCACARCACGCUCAAACAAGGUGACACCCAGAACCAGAACCAUCAGAACGGAACCUGGACUUAGCAACCAGUCUACCGUGCAGGACAUGGAUCAGGCUGAAGGACGGAAUCCCCCUACUUAUCACGUUAGAGGACCAAUAAACCAGGUGUACUCUGAGAUCCUGCUCAGCCGCCUGUGUCUCAGGUGGGACUCGCCUGUCCCCUAUGGGACAAGGACUCAACAAGUCCACUGAGUGGCUCCAAAACUGUUCUACAGGUUCUAGAGAAGACCAGGAAAAAACAAGGAGGUCUGUGAAGAAAUGAGUGUUCUGUAAAAAAGUGAUUAUAACUAAAAAACUUUGUGUAAAUAAAAACAACAAAACAAAACUGA